CAAACUUGGAAUACUUGUCAUUGGAUGAUGCCAUGAAUGAGACAUGUGGCGGACCGUCAGCAGAAUUCUGUUGCAGCCUAAAAUCUCUUUAUUUGUACGGAAACGGUGAAAUUCCAAAUGUAGAGGCUCCAAAAGCAGGAGUACCAGAUUUUCGCAGAUUAAAGAAUAUUGUACCAUUCUCAUCCACAUCUUUCCACUACUUAAAGGAAUUGAAAGUAUGCAGAUCUAAUGCAUUGAUUAGUUUAUUAACUCCCUCAACAGCCAAAACUCUUGUGCAACUCCAACUGAUUAGAAUUUGGGACUGCGAAAGAAUGACAGAAAUAGUUGCAAAUGAGGGAAGUGAAGCAGAAGCAGGAGAUGAGAUCGCUUUCAAUAAUUUGACAUCUUUGGACUUAAUUAACUUGCCAAGUCUCACAGCCUUCCAUUUGGGGAGUCGCACCAUCAAAUUCCCAUCGUUGGUUAGAGUAAGUAUGUACAGCUGUCCUAAAUUGAAGAAUUUCUGUAGUGGAGUCUUAAGCACGCCAAAGCUAAGACGCAUUUGGAUGGAGAUACUCAAAGAGGAGGGGGGUGGAGAUCUUGAUCUUAACGCUAGAAUAAAAGAGUAUUGGGAGGCUAAAUUGGAGACUUGCGACCAAAAGUUUGCUGAAAAGACUAAUGCUAGUGAAGGUGGGGAGAGUGAACAUGACGCUAAUGAUAAUUUGGGGAGAGAUACUACUAGUGAAGUUGGGGAUACACAACAUGAUCGAGAAUGAUGACUAGGGAGCAACUCAAAAUAAUAUGGAUCUUCCCUUUUAUUGAUUGUUUUUAUUUCAUAGUGUUAUCUUUAUGUGAUUUAUUUAUUUUUGAAACCUAUGUGAUUGUUACAAUAUAUUAUUUAUUUUCGAAACCUAUGUGAAUGUUACACUA